CGCUCUCUAACUUCGCUCAUUGUCAGUUGUUGUUUAGUUUAUCCAUCAUGAAGAUCGAAAUUUUAUUAACCGUUUGCAUCACAUUCCUUUCACUGGAAAGUCUGACCACAGGUGCAGUUGGAAACCCGAUCGAAUCGGAAAACUUGUCGGUGUCCCGUUCGGCGUUGCACACGAGCCCGGAAUUCGACCAGGACUACGAUUCGAAGGAGUCGUCCGCGUCCAAGGAGCCGUCGCAGGAGUUCUCCAAGGAAUCUUCCAAAGAAACUUCGAAGGAAUUUUCGUCGGAGGAGGUGUCGAUGUCCGGCAGGAGGCAGGAUAGAGGCCAACGUGAUUUGUACAGUAACAUCAGGAUUGUCAGAGAAACCAGUAAAUUAAAUGUGACGUCGUCCAGGAACGAAACGGGAUUGUCGGAGUCUGACAUUAUUUCGAGAAGAAUUUUAGGAGACUCGUUUUUGAUGCACAACUCAACGGGAGUUGAUAAUAAUUGGCAAUUAAAUAUUACAGCAAAACCCAAGAUGAAAUGAGGACAUUCAUGAUAGUACAUCACUACUAAUUUUAAUGUAUUUCAUAUAUAGCAAUAUAUAUGUCGUCAUUUUA